AGGCGAGGCGUGAGUUGGACAUUUGGGAUCGAAGAUCAACCAGGCUUCAAGUUCAAACGUGUCCAGUGCGCCACCGGAUCCACGGUCCGCGCUGUGUGAUAUCGGCUGCGACACAAAACGAUACAGGAAACAACUACCUGGUUACUGUGUUUUUUUUUGUUUUUUUUACUGUGACAGCUUGACGAUCCAACAAGCCCACCCCACGCGUCGUAUAAAUACGACGCCAAAGGGCGCAGACACACACACACACACACACACACUUCCCUCGCACGUCAAGCCGAGUGGUGCGGCUGCUCAUCGGUGCGUCGUGGUGAUCUGCUGGUUUCUCUCUGCUCGACGCCGACGCAGCGGUUGGGAUGAUGGCGCAAUCCGACCGACCCGCCGCGACCAUCGCAAACGUGUACCGAGGGACGUUCAUGCACUCGACCCAGAAAACUGCGCUGGAGGUCCUAGAAGAUGAGCUGCUCGGAGUGGAUACAGACGGAAAAAUCGCUUUCAUGGGGAGAGGCGCGGAGCUGCAGACGCUGUCUCAGACCUUUGGAUUCAAUCCCAGUGAAGUAACUCAACUGGCAAAAGAUGAGUUCUUCAUACCCGGACUCGUGGACACACACAUCCAUGCAUGCCAGUACAGCUAUGCGGGCACAGCUCUGGACAUGCCGUUGCUGCAGUGGCUCAAUACCUACACCUUUCCUGUGGAGUCCCAGUUCACGGACUUGAACUUUGCCCAAAGGGUCUACUCUCAAGUAGUGAAAAGGACCCUGAGAAACGGAACAACCACUGCAUGUUACUUUACAAGCAUACAUACAGAUGCCUCUCUGCUGUUGGGCAAACUUGCAAAUGACUUUGGACAGCGUGCCUUGGUGGGCAAGGUGUGUAUGGACAUUAACGAUUUUGUGGAGCAUUACAAAGAGACCACCCAGGAAUCUCAAGAUGAAACCUGCCGGUUCAUUAAAGAGCUCUUGGACAAAAAGUACCCUCUGGUGAGACCAGUGGUGACUCCCCGCUUCGCUCUAUCCUGCAAGGAAACCCUGCUGGGAGAGCUGGGAGCAAUCGCCAAGAAACACAACCUGCCCAUUCAGAGUCAUAUCAGUGAAAACCUUGAGGAAGUGAAGCUUGUCAAGCAGCUGUUUCCUAAAUACGCGUCCUACACGGACGUCUAUCUCAAAAACAACCUGCUCACUGACAAGACAGUGAUGGCUCACGGCUGCCACCUCAGUGACGAGGAGUUGGUUAUUUUCAAAGAGACAGGAGCCUCUUUGUCUCACUGUCCCAAUUCCAACAUCUCGUUGUGCAGUGGACUUUUGGAUGUUCGCAAUGUCCUGAAACACCAAGUGAAGUUGGGGCUGGGAACAGACGUGGCGGGGGGCUACUCGGCCUCUAUGCUGGACGCCGUGAGGAGAGCUCGGGACACGUCCAAAGUCUUGACAAUCCAGAACCCGAAUUACAACACGCUGACCUUUGAGGAGGUGUUCAGACUGGCCACGCUGGGAGGCAGCCAAGCCUUGUCCCUGGAUGGCCAGACGGGCAACUUUGAGGUGGGCAAAGACUUUGACGCCCUGAGGGUGAAUGUCGCCGCUCCUGGUGGACCCAUGGACCUGUCUGUGAAUUCUGAGGAACCAAAGAUUAUUUUGGAAAAGUUCUUGAAUUUGGGUGACGAUCGGAACAUAGCGGAGGUGUAUGUGGCCGGGAGGAAGGUGGUACCAUUCACAGAUUAAACGCUUUGCUCACUCGCUGCAAAAGUCAGCUUGAAGAGGGCGGUAACUAACAAGAUACGCGUCAAUCCGAAAGAUAAAACAAGAUGUUCAGUUUAUGAUGAGUGGGCACAGCUCCAUUGUAUGACAAAUACAUAGGGCAUGAAUUAACACACCAUUUUUAUCUCAGAUACAGGGAAUGAAAGAGGAAACAUUAUAUUAAUAACAUGUUUCUGUGAGAGUCAUCGGUAUGUAUUUGACUCUUUAAGGAUCGUUUAAGGGCUUUCAAACGAAAAAAGGGACUUUUUAACAUUGCACUUGCUGUUUGUCAUUCAUGCGCACUAAAACAUAUCCACGCAAUAGCCGUUGCUUAUUUAAGUUACGCUCAAUGUGCACGCUCAGAUUGUUUUAGAUUUCAUAUAUUUACAUGAAUUCUUUACUCAAAUGAACUAAUAGAAUAUAUAAUAAGUACUGUGAUUAUCGUGUGCUAACUUCAACACAACAAAUUUUCCACAUCACAUUGUGCCUCAUGCCUGCCCCCCCCACAUGCAGCUCAAAGCAAAGUCUCUAACACAAAGGAUUGUCGGGAACAACUGAGUCAUGAUUUCACACACUGCUGUUUUUUAAAUGUAUUAUUGCGGUGCUUUGAGCACCACGGGCCGACUUGUUGCAUUGUAAUGAGAGUAAUGCAGUUAGGCGGUAAUUUAGUACGGCUGAUAUCUCCAAAACUAGCCCACUUACACUUACACAAUCUAGAUUGAGAAACACAACUAAAGGUAAGAGGAAAUAUUUAUGUUUUUGAUUUUGGGGUGAGCCCUUUGAGUGUCUUAAUAACACGGUGUUGUGGAGCAGCAUCGUGGAGCUGCAGUGCUUGACCUGGUUUUCCUCAGUGGCUUCAUGAUCUAAUUUCAAUGCUGUUGCCAAAAUAUGCAAGAAUCAUGGCUCCUUCAGAGUUUACACGGCACACUCCACUCGGGUGUUUAGAGCGACAAAGGGACAAGAGUAUUUUGUAGCAUUCUUUUAGUUGCGGAACUCAUUCAGUUCAUAAACUCAUGUAGAUCUGACCCAUUCCAAUGUGAUUUUACACUUAUUCUGGUGCAAUUUUAUCAGCAUCAGUUUUAUCCUCAUAAAAUUUGAUUGGAAUAAAUACAUUUAAUGUUUUAAUACUGAUUGUUUAGUUAUGCAUUACCUAAAUGUUGGGAAAUGAAGGGAAACUAACAGCUUGCUUAAUAUGUGUUUUGUCUUCAAAAUGUAUUCAAGACAUGGAGUCAUAACACUACACCAAAAUGUAUAUGUUAGAGGAACUCUUUGAUAUGUCACAAUGAUGAUUGAAAUAAAUAAUACCACUAAGUCUGUUUGGA